CAAAACCAAUCUCCCUGAAUGUUAACAGAAGUAUCGGAUGGUCUUCUAACAGAGAGUGACGUACUAGUCAUAAUAGUGGACAUAUUAGAUUUCUGGGAACACGACGAUAUCCUUCAACUCACAUUAGAUCAGUUCGGUAGAAUAGACAUUGUCUUGAACAAUGCUGGCCGAUCGCAAAGAGCGCUUUUUGAAGACAUCGAUUUGGAAGUGGAUCAGGAGAUGUUCAACCUCAACGUAUUUGCCGUCGUUCAUAUGACCAGGAGGGCAAUGGAAUAUUUCAAUGAAAAGAAGUGUGGACAUGUAGCUGUAGUAUCAAGCAUAGCAGGGAUUCUGGGUAUCCCAAAUUCUGCGUCAUACACCGCUUCAAAACAUGCUUUACAUGGGUACUACAAUUGCUUGAGAACAGAAAAAAUUGGAACAAAUAUUAAUGUGACGAUUCUCUGUCCAGGACCAACGUUCACAAAUUUCUUACAAGAGAGUUUCACGGGAGAACCAAAAGAGAAGUACAAUAUCUGCCAAAAACCAACCGAUAAGUGUAUGACUGCUGAGAGAUGUGGAUAUUUGAUUGCCGUAGCCUUAGCCAAUGAAACUGCAGAAUCCUGGAUGGUAAUUCCCCCCAUGCUGACCAUGACAUAUUUAUGGUUCUACUUCCCUUCACUAUUCUUAUGGGCACUGAAUUCAAAAGCAGGUCGGGAUUGGAUUUUCAAGAAAAGAGACCACAAAUAACUCGUGGCAAUCGAAAAUAUUCAAAAUUAUUUGUAAGUGUUAUCAAAAACAAAUAUUUGAAUAUUAGAAACAAAUAUUUGAUUCUUUGAAUUUGAAAGAGUUUGUGACCACUAAUAUAGCGUAUCUAUAAUAGGUUUAGAUUUAUUGAACUGGUGGACAAAACCAGUACAUUUUUUUUUAUUGUGUACUUAGUUUAUUGAUUUAUUCCAGUAAUUUGUAAACUUUUGCUAGUUGGUAAUAAAUUUUUUCAUAUUUUA